AUGCAAUCGUCGGACGAAGAACUCAUAAGUAUUGAUAAAAUGGAGGAAUUUGUGUCCAAAUUGUCGGCCACUAUAGCGUCGACAUUGAGUGGUAAUACUGUUGCCGAAGAACACAGUAAUGUCAGAGACAAAACUAUCAACAGCACUGAUCACCCGAUAGAGUGGUCAUCAGUCGGGACACAAACACGUGAUAUAAAUGAAGACACGAGUGAUAAGACAAUGGAUGACACCAUCGAUGACAAACCAUUGAAAAGCGAUACAAAUGAGUCACCGAUUGAGACAACGGAUCCAACAAAUGAAUUGGCCGUCGAUGACAGUAAUCACAAGACAUUUGAUCCAAACGCACAUUCAGAAAACAAGUCGCUUAGCACAAGUGGUGAUCAACUGGCAGUCAUCGGGAGUGCAAUACAACCGCCAAUCGAUCAAAUAACACGUGAUUCGAGUCCAGACACAAGCGAUACAAAUGAUAAUAAGGGAGAAGACAUGACUGAUAGCACUAAUCAGGGAUCA